AUGGUACGUUAUAGGAACAUCACCAAAGUGGCCCAUGUCUAUACAUAUAUACUAACUCCCCUUCCUCUGCAGCAACACGAAGUCAAACGGAUACAUCUCAAUGAAUCUCAAAAACAUCAGAAAUACAUUAAAGAUGAACCUAAAAUCAACCAUUAUCGUGACUUGACCUCUUAUAUCUUCCAACUACGCGAUUUACAAACAUACAACGAUGAGAGCUUCAAUGCCACGACAACAUUACUCCAAUUAAAUCCUGAAUUCUACACCGUUUGGAACUAUCGUCGAGAAAUCAUUGAAAAUGCUUAUGCAUCAAACGCCACUGAGUUGGUUCAAGUGUUAAAUGAUGAAUUGAAAUUCAUCAUGGCUCAAUUACGCAAAUUUCCCAAAGUUUAUUGGCUUUGGAAUCAUCGAAGAUGGUGCUUGUUCAAAUUGGUUGAUGUGAAUCAAGUGAAUUGGGACUUUGAAUUCAAAACCGUGGGUAAAAUGUUGGAAUUGGACCAACGAAAUUUUCAUGGAUGGCAGUAUCGAAGAUUUGUUGUUGAGAAUUUAGAAUUGGAGAAAUCUGCAAGUAGAAACGGAGACAGUACUGAGGCCAUCUUGCGAUUGAAUCUUGAUGAAUUUGAUUAUACAACUGCUAAGAUCCUGGUUGAUUUUCUGAAUUUUUCAGCGUGGCAUAAUCGGACCAAAUUAAUACCCAAGAUUUAUGAUCUUAUAAGUAAGAACCCAUCUUCAACAACCAUUGAUCAUCCGUCGUUGCACCUUUUCCAAAACCCCUUGAGUGUACUAAACCACGAUUUAGAAUUGAUCAAAACUGGUAUCUACAUGAGUCCUGAAGAUAAUUCGGUGUGGUCAUAUUUGUACUGGCUUUUAUCGGAUAAGUUCUUCAUCAAUGCGUUUGAUUCAACCGGUAGUGGGAGCGGUGGUGAUGACGACAGACAAGGUUAUAAGCAGUUGCUCCAAGAACAAAUUGAUUUGAUUCAUGAGAUCAAUCAGUUGGAAAAGGAAGAUACGGGUCAGGAAAAUGUCGGAUGCUUGAAGGCAUUGUUAAAGAUUUCUGAGUUGAAGGAAAGAGAGGAUGUCAAUAAGGAAGAAAUGAGGGGUAUUUUGCAGAAAUUGAUUAGACUUGACGAGUUGAGGAAAGGCAGGUAUGAAGAUAACUUGCGCCGAUAUGAAUAG